UUUAGACACAAUAGCACUUAACCUAUACUAGCGAUGUUUUACAUGUGAUGUGAGAUCUCAAAAGUUUAAACAUCAAAAUUUAAAAAUAAAACGAUGAAGCGUAAUGUUGAAUAUGGAAAUCAAAUUAUAAGAACAAUAGAAGAUGAUGAAGAAGUGGAAAACUUUUCCGAGGACAGUGACGACGAUCUGGAUGACGAUAAAAAGUUUCAACCGGGUGCGAAGAAAAAUAAGGAAACCGCCUUCGAUAACGCAUUUGAGUUUGUAAACUCGGUCGAGGAAUACAACAAGAAUACCUGGAACGAUUUGCAUAAAUAUGUGAGGCGAAAACCGUCAACCAAAACAGAUGAUAAAAUCAAGAAGAUACGUGAUCAAUCUUUGAAUGGCGAGAGUGAAUUGGGGAAUGAGAGUGAUUCAGAAGAAGAAUCUGACGGUUCGUUAUCUAGUGAAGAUUUGCAGCAUGAUACAAUUAAGAAGAAAACUCGUAAACGGAAGGCGAAGAGUGUCAGUGAAGCUGAAGAUGUUGAUAUUAGUACCUAUGAUGAAACGAUGAAUUUUUAUCAAAUGAAUUUAUCAAGACCACUAAUGAAAGCCAUAACACAAAUGAAGUUCAUUCAUCCUACUCCAAUUCAAGCUGCAACGAUUCCUGUUGCGUUAUUAGGUAGAGAUAUAUACGGGUGCGCUGCAACAGGCACAGGAAAAACGGCCGCUUAUAUGCUUCCCACUUUGGAAAGACUACUUUUCCGCCCAAAAAAUGACAUGGCAACGACCAGAGUAUUGGUAUUGGUCCCUACUAGAGAAUUAGGUACUCAAGUAUACCAAGUAACGCGACAACUUUGCCAGUUUACUAACAUACAAAUCGGUUUGGCUGUCGGUGGCUUAGAUUUAAAAGCGCAAGAGAGUGUCUUGAGAAGAAAUCCCGAUAUUGUAGUCGCGACGCCCGGACGAUUGAUAGAUCAUCUGCAAAGCACGCCAAGUUUUAGUUUGGCCUCCAUCGAAAUUUUAAUUUUGGACGAAGCAGAUCGAAUGUUAGAUGAACAUUUUGCGGAACAAAUGAAAGAGAUAAUUAAGCAGUGCUCUUAUACUCGCCAAACGAUGCUUUUUUCUGCCACGAUGACCGAAGAAAUUCGCGAUCUCGUUAAUAUAUCGUUGAAAAAUCCAGCUAGAAUAUUUGUCGACAGUAAUAAAAAUGUCGCAUUUAACUUGAGGCAAGAAUUUGUACGAAUACGAACAAAUAAUGAAACAGAUAGGGAGGCCAUUCUGGCCGCAUUGGUUUGCAGAACAUUUCGAGAUCAUUGCAUGAUUUUUGUGCAAACAAAGAAACAAGCGCAUCGAAUACAUAUAUUACUGGGACUAUUAGGAGUCAAGAUUGCAGAAUUGCAUGGUAAUCUAACCCAACCUCAACGGUUAGAUGCUCUUCAAAGGUUUAAAGAUGAAGUUGUCGACGUUAUUGUGGCAACAGAUGUUGCGGCCCGUGGACUGGACAUAAUUGGUGUUAAAACGGUUAUAAACUUUGUAAUGCCUAUGACAUUAGAACAUUACAUUCAUCGUGUGGGGCGGACAGCACGAGCGGGUCGUGGAGGUGUUUCUGUUAGUCUCGCUGGAGAAAGUGAGCGAAAAAUUGUAAAGCAGAUAGUGAAAAAUGCCAAGCAUCCUGUUAAAAGUCGAGUAAUCGCCGUCAAUAUUUUAGAAAAAUACAAAACCAAAUUGGAAUCUCUCGAACCUAAAAUGCAGCAAAUCUUAAAGGAAGAAUUAGAAGAGAGGUUAGUAAGCAGAACUGAAAAUAAACUUAAUCGUGCACAGAAAUUGCUAAAAGGAGAAGGGGAGCCUAGCCGACCUUGGUUUCAAAGUGCAAAAGAACGCAAGCUAGAAAAAGAAAAGCUUCGCAAGAAUACCAAGAAAUUACCAUCAAAGGGUCAGAAACGUAAAAUGGAAGAGGGGGACGAUAACGAAAAGGUAAAGAUAAGCAAUUUGGCAAAAAUGCAAGUGCGCCAUGCAAAACGUAACGCUAAGCAUAAGAAAUUGAACACCUACGAAGAGUCGAAUAACAAAAAGGGUAAGAUUAAAAAUAAGCAAAACUUAACAGAUGCAUUUUGUAACACUUCGAAAUCUAACGCAAAGAAGUUCAGGCAUAAAGCGAACGUUCAUAAGAAUAAAUUUAAAAAAUAGCGUAGUAACGGUCAAGAAAUCCUACUGUGCCUGCAUCUGUCUAGAUUGUAAACGUUUAACUGAAAUCAAUCUUUUGUACAUUCUUGUAAUGUUUAAGAAUAUUUUAAUUUGUUGUACUAAAAAAUGAUGUAUCAAUUUUGGUAUGUUACUGCCAAUAAUAUAUUUGUUUAAAUAAGA